AUGGCCAAGGGACCCGAGCAGGGGGACGCCUUCCUGCACCUCCCGGCCGCGCAGGCGGUGCCCGCCGAGGCGCAGGAGGAGCGCUACGUGGGGCUGCUGGGGCGAAGCUUGCUGCCCUGCGCCCGGGAGGAGCUGCCCGAGCCGCCGCUGUCCGCCGGCAUCAAGGCAGAAACACGCUUCGGCAGCGAAGCCCUCUCCUCGGAAGAAGAGGAUGCGGAUGCUCGCGACGGCGCGCUGACAGCCGCCGACCAAAGCCCGUCUUCGAAGAAGAGCAUCACGCAGAUCAUGAAGGACAAGAAGAAGCAGACGCAGCUCACCCUGCAAUGGCUGGAAGAAAACUACAUUGUAUGUGAAGGAGUUUGUUUACCAAGAUGCAUCCUUUAUGCACAUUAUUUAGACUUCUGCAGAAAAGAGAAGCUGGAACCUGCCUGUGCUGCAACUUUUGGGAAGACCAUUCGCCAGAAAUUCCCUCUCCUUACCACAAGGCGGCUUGGAACAAGGGGCCAUUCAAAGUAUCACUAUUAUGGAAUUGGCAUUAAAGAAAGCAGUGCAUAUUACCACUCUGUGUAUUCUGGAAAGGGCUUAACCAGGUUCUCUGGAAGCAAGCUAAAGAAUGAGGGUGGUUUUACUCGUAAAUAUUCUCUGAGUUCCAAAACUGGAACACUCCUCCCAGAGUUUCCAAGUGCUCAACACCUUCUGCUUCAAGGGUGCAUUUCUAAAGACAAGGUAGAUACUCUUAUCAUGAUGUACAAAACACACUGUCAGUGUGUCCUUGACAAUGCAAUCAAUGGGAACUUUGAAGAGAUCCAGCAUUUCCUAUUACAUUUUUGGCAAGGAAUGCCUGACCAUCUUCUUCCUCUGCUUGAAAAUCCCAUCAUCAUUGACAUUUUCUGUGUCUGUGACUCAAUACUGUACAAGGUUCUUACAGAUGUACUCAUCCCUGCAACAAUGCAAGAAAUGCCAGAAAGUUUACUGGCAGAUAUAAGAAGUUUUGCAAAAAACUGGGAACAGUGGGUUGCUUCCUCUUUGGAAAAUCUACCGGAAAGCCUGAUAGAUAAGAAAUUGCCUAUUGCAAGAAGAUUUGUUUCCUCCCUGAAACGACAGACGUCAUUCCUACACCUAGCACAGAUUGCUCGGCCAGCUCUUUUUGAUCAGCAUGUGGUGAAUUCCAUGGUGUCAGAUAUUGAAAAAGUUGAUUUGAAUAGUAUUGGUUCUCAGGCCUUUCUUGCAGUUUCAGGGAGCACAGACUCUGAUGGGGAAGUUUACAGUGAAUAUGACUCUAUUACAGUGUUCCAAGAACUGAAGGACCUCCUAAAGAAGAAUGCCACUGUGGAAUCAUUUAUUGAAUGGUUGGAUACUGUGGUUGAGCAAAGGGUUAUCAAGGCAAGCAAGCAAAAUGGGAGGUCCUUAAAAAAGAGGGCUCAGGACUUCCUUCUGAAAUGGAGCUUCUUCGGUGCUCGAGUGAUGCAUAACCUAACUCUAAACAACGCAUCAAGUUUUGGUUCUUUUCAUUUGAUCCGCAUGUUACUAGAUGAGUACAUCCUGCUUGCCAUGGAGACACAGUUCAAUAAUGACAAAGAACAAGAACUCCAGAAUCUACUGGACAAAUACAUGAAGAAUUUAGAUGCAAGCAAAGCCACCUUCACUGCAUCACCAAGCUCUUGCUUCCUAGCAAAUCGCAACAAAGCCACUCCUCUACCCAGUGACACUUCAGUCAAAAACGAGUGCCUAGGAGAGCAAACCUACGUGUCCUUGUCAGCUGGCCAGCCCAGCAGUGCACCUUCUGGUCUGAACCCCUUCACCACAGGAGAUGGGGAGAGUAUGCAGCUGACAGAUCAAAUGGAGCUGUCUCAAAGCACUGGUCACCUCAUGACUCCACCCAUUUCACCAGCCAUGGUCAGCCGAGGAAGUGUUAUCAACCAGGGACCAAUGGCUGUGAGACCUCCCAGUGUAGGUCCCAUGUUAUCGACACAUUCACAGUGCUCUUCCUACUCAGAACCUCUUUAUCAGACUUUGUCACAAACUAAUCAGAAUUACUAUGGAAAUAAUUCCAAUUACCAGGCUAUGUUCAGGACACAGGCCCAUUCCACCUCAGGAGUUUACGAUCACAGAGCAGAGUCCAGCCGAUUCAAUGCCUUGAGUGAACAGCAGUUCUCCAGAGACUACUUCAGCAACAGCUGUGCCGUGUCUCCCUACAAUGCCAGAUCCCCUUCUAGCUAUGGUCCCUCCAGCAUGUCUCAGGACACACACAAUAUGCAGUUUCUGAAUAGCGGGAGUUUCAAUUUCUUGAACAACUCAGUAUCUACAUGUCCAGGAGCAGCUUAUCCUGCUAAUGCUUCCAAUGGAUAUUAUGGAAACAGCAUAAAUUAUUCAGAAUCUCACAGACUUGGAACAAUGGUGGACCAACAUGUUUCUGUAAUCAGCAGUGUCAGCAGCAUUCGGCCACUGCCAUCCUACAGUGAUGUACAUGAUCCGCUGAACAUCUUGGAUGACGGCAGAAGAAAACAGACGAGCUCCUACUACUCAGAGUCCUCACCUUCUAUUGUCUGCCGGACCCCUAUGCCUUCAAACUUGCAAACCACAUCUUCUUCACAGUGUAUGUAUGGAGCAUCUGGUCAGUUCCCUUCCCAGGAAAAUCUGGAGGUCCAUGCCCCACCAAGCAGAGAUAUGGUGCCAUCUUUACCACCAAUCAACACUGUCUUCAUGGGAGCAGCUGCUGGAGGAACCUAA